AUGGCGACAGGAAGCAACACCAACAACAACAAUGCUCCACCAGUUCCGACCAACGUUCCACAUGCUCCAGCACCUGCUGCUGCCGAAAAGCCGGAAAAAUUCGCAGGUUCUGAAUUUAAACGUUGGCAGUCUAAGAUGCUGUUUUAUCUUACUACAUUGAAUAUGGCUCGUUUUGUGAAUGAAUCUCCUCCAACUGUGGGGGAAGACGAGACUGAUUCGCAACUGCGGAUAGCAUAUGAUGCAUGGCAUCAUAGCGACUUUUUGUGUCGCAACUAUAUUCUGAAUGGGCUAGACAACACUCUCUAUAAUGUCUACUCUAGCGCCAAGACGUCCAAGGAACUAUGGGACUCCUUGGAGACGAAGUACAAGGCAGAAGAUGCCGGCUUGAAGAAGUUCAUAGUCGGUCGUUUUCUAGACUUCAAAAUGGUUGAUAGCAAAACCGUUGUGGAGCAAGUGCAAGAAUUUCAACUGAUCCUGCACGACAUUCUUGCCGAAGAUAUGGAAUUGUCUGAAUCUUUUCAGAUGGGACUUGAAGACUUGAUCGUUCGCUUGAGAAUCGAAGAAGACAAUAGAAUCUCCGAAAACAAGACGAACAAAACUUCCAUUGAGGCAAAAGCAAAUCUAGCCGAGUCUAGCAACAAGAAGAAACGCAAGUUCAAAGGCAAACAUCCAGACUCAAAAGGUCAGAAGAGGAUCAAAGGAGAUUGCUUCAACUGCGGCAAACCCGGUCACAUGGCAAAAGAUUGUCGCAAACCGAAGAAAGACAAGCACAAUGGUCACCAUCAAGCCCACGUGACGGAAACAAAGUCUGUGCCCCUCGACUUAGGCGAACUUGACUUGUGUGCCGUCGUAGACGAUUGUUAUUUGGUAGUGUAG